AUGGAAGCUUCCUGCUUUAUUGUUCUCGUUUUCGUGCUGAGCCUCUUCAGUAAUUCUGCUCAAAGUAGUCCACAAACAUACAUUAUCCAUGUCGAGCGACCACAGGGCAGGAUACUUGCGCAGUCAGAAGAUUUAGAGAGCUGGUACCGUUCGUUCUUCCCACCGACAAUUAUGAGCUCCGACGAGGAACAACCGCGCCUGCUUUAUUCUUAUCGGAAUGUAAUGAGUGGUUUUGCUGCAAGACUCACUCUGGAGGAACUGAGACCUAUGCAGCAGAAAAAUGGCUUUGUAUCAGCUCGUCCUGAAAGAAUCCUACGUCGCCAAACCACACACACACCCAAGUUUUUGGGGUUACAGCAAACCACAGGAUUUUGGAAGGAAUCAAAUUUUGGAAGGGGGAUCAUCAUCGGAAUGCUGGACUCCGGCGCUGUGAUCGACCAUCCCUCGUUUAGUGAUGCAGGAAUUCCACCCCCACCUCCUAAAUGGAAAGGCAGAUGCGAGGUGAAUGCGUCGGCAUGCAACAACAAGAUAAUCGGAGCAAGAUCGUUCAACAGUGCGGCUAGGGCCAGGGGACAGAAAGUAGACUCGCCGUUUGAUGAUGAUGGACAUGGAACUCAUACGGCAAGUACAGCCGCAGGUGCGUUCGUAGAAAACGCGCAAGUUCUAGGAAAUGCCAAAGGCCCAGCAUCAGGAAUGGCGCCUCAUGCUCACUUAGCCAUUUACAAAGUAUGUGUCUUCGAUGAUUGUCCUGAAAGUGAUAUACUUGCUGGGUUGGAAGCCGCCGUCGAGGACGGUGUCGAUGUAAUAUCAAUGUCUAUCGGUUCCGAUGAGGCGUCGCCGUUCUUUAACGACGCCAUUUCGAUUGGUUCGUUUGCAGCAAUUCAGAAGGGAAUAUUUGUAAGCAAUGCGGCCGGAAACUCUGGCCCUUCCAGUGGCUCUAUUUUUAAUGGAGCGCCGUGGCUUCUCACAGUUGGAGCAAGCACCAUCGACAGAGCCAUUGCAGCUACUGCGAGGCUUGGAAACGGGGAAGAAUUUAUCGGCGAAUCUGUUUUCCAGCCUCAUGACUUCCCUUCGACAAUGCUGCCACUUGUGUAUGCCGGCAAGAAUGGCCAAGAAGAUUCUGCCUUUUGUGCUAACGGAUCCUUGACUGGCGAUGAUUUCAGAGGCAAGAUUGUUUUAUGUGAGAGAGGAGGAGGCAUUGGAAGAAUUGACAAAGGAAAAGAAGUGAAAAGAGCUGGUGGAGCUGCCAUGAUCUUCAUGAAUGAUGAAGCUAAUGGCUUCAGUACCUUAGCUGAUGUACAUGUUCUGCCGGCAACGCAUGUAAGCUAUGAAGCUGGGCUGAAGACGAAAGCCUAUAUAAAUUCUACGGCAACACCAACAGCAACCAUCUUGUUUAAAGGAACUAUCAUAGGAAAUCCCUUAUCUCCUACGGUUGCGUCCUUCUCUUCCCGAGGUCCUAACUUGGUAAGCCCUGGGAUUUUAAAACCAGACAUCAUUGGACCUGGAGUGAGCAUCCUAGCCUCCUGGCCAUUCCCACCAAAUAACAUUACAUCUUCAUCAGAACCCAAUUUCAAUAUUAUGUCUGGCACAUCUAUGGCGUGCCCUCAUCUGAGUGGUAUUGCAGCUUUGCUCAAAAGCUCUCAUCCUCAUUGGUCGCCAGCUGCUAUAAAAUCUGCUAUCAUGACUACGGCGGACACACAACAUUUGGGAGGUAAACUCAUUCUUGAUGAAAAACUUCAGCCUGCAGAUCUCUUCGCCACGGGCUCCGGCCACGUGAAUCCAUCAAGAGCAAACGAUCCGGGUUUAGUUUAUGAUAUCGAACCGGAUGAUUAUAUUCCUUAUCUGUGUGGUUUAGGGUACAGAGAUAAGGAAGUUGGGGUCAUUGCUCGCAGACCAGUUAAGUGCUCGGAAACAUCGAGCAUUCCCGAAGGACAGCUCAACUACCCCUCGUUUUCUGUUGUGCUUGGUUCCUCCCAGACAUUCACAAGAACAGUUACAAAUGUCGGGGAAGGUUAUUCAUCGUACGCUGUCAUGGUUACAGCACCGGAGGAGGUUGACGUGAAGGUCCAACCAAAUAAGGUUUAUUUUUCGGAGGUGAACCAGAAGCAGACGUAUUCGGUCACUUUCAGCCGAAUUGGGUCGGGUAAUAAAACAAGGGAAUAUGCUCAAGGGUAUCUACGAUGGGUCUCUGCGAAGCAGAGUGUUAGGAGUCCCAUCUCUGUGAAGUUUGAGUGA